AUGGCGGCCCGAAAAUUGCAACAGGAAGUCGACAAGUGCUUCAAAAAGGUGGCUGAAGGUGUCGCUGAGUUCGAGUCCAUCUAUGACAAGAUCGAGCUAUCGAAUAACCCGGCACAAAAAGAGAAGCUGGAGGACAACUUGAAGCGUGAAAUCAAGAAGCUGCAGCGUCUUCGCGAUCAGAUCAAGACAUGGGCUGCCAGCAACGACAUCAAGGACAAGGCCCCGUUGCUGGAUCACCGCAAAUUGAUAGAAACCCAAAUGGAAAAAUUCAAAGCGGUAGAAAAGGCAAUGAAGACGAAAGCCUACUCCAAAGAAGGGUUAUCAGCGGCAGCGAAACUAGAUCCGAAGGAGCAAGCCAAACUCGAAGCGGGCGAGUUUCUAAGUAGCAUGGUCGAGGAGCUCGAACAACAGAUCGAGACGCUAGAGGCCGAGAGCGAGCAAAUACAAGCGACCAUGAAGAAGGGCAAGAGCCAGACAGCCAAGGCGGAGCGCAUCGCAGAGAUUGAGCGCAUAAUAGAACGGCACAAGUGGCAUCAGGGCAAGCUGGAGCUCAUCCGACGGUCUCUGGAAAACGGCGGUGUUGAGACGGAGCAAGUCAACGAACUCGAGGAGAGCAUCCGCUACUACGUGUCCGAUGGCGUGAAUGAGGACUUUAUGGAGGACGACGAAAUGUACGACGAGCUAAAUCUUGAGGACGACGAAGGCAUCUUUGGCAUGGGCGCAGAUGGCGAGAGAGGGUCGUCGCAAGACACCCAAUCCGUGCAACAGGACGACCCUGAACCGAUACCCGAACCCGCCGCGCCAAAGCCCCCGCGAAAAGUGGCAAAAGAGAACGAACCAGUAUCCACGCGGAAAGGGUCCUCACAGACGAAAUCACCCUUACCAGCGCUUGCCACACUGCACACGCCAUUGUCAACCAUCAGCAAUGGUUCGACUCCUAGCAUGAAGCCCGCGACGAUACCGACAAGAGCACCUGGCGAGACAUUAAAGUACGCCUCCGCCGCGGCGGCUGCUGCGGCAAGCGACAAGGCCAACGUGGGGAUAUCACCACUACCUCCACCCCCUGGUAGUGCUGGCAUUUCGCUUGCUUCCGGUCCCUCGGUAACCAACUCGCCAGCUACCGCUGCCGCCCAACCCGCGCGGCAAACGCCGAUACAAGCACCAGCGACGGUUGCCGUCCCGUCCGCCGAGGAGCCGUCCCCUGAGGCUGUCCUCGCGCCGAUUGCGCCAGCAUCCACGUCCAACCGCGGGCCUAAGAAGUCAAAGGUGGUCGGCAAGCAACCCGCCGUGGCUGCCGAGGCCAAGGAAGUGCCGCCGGCGACCAACGGCGCGACGCUUAACGGCGCCAAGUCCAAGGGGCUAGCGCACGUUCCCGAGGAGGAGAGUAUAUAUCACCUCCCGGCAUCGCUGCAGGACCUAGUCGAGUCGUACGAGACGGCAAAGAAACACCCGCCGUCGCAGUCAGCGCCGUCGACGCAAAGGCUCAUGGAAGCCAGCCACGCCAACUGCCCUGACCAGCUCGAUGCCGACGUACCGCGCACGUAUUUCCCAGAGAAUCCCGUGCCGCAGGGCGGGUCAAGCUUCCCGCGCACACCACUGGCCAUCUUUGAGGACCCACGACUCUACCAGCGCAUCGACCCCGACACGCUGUUUUAUGUAUUUUACUACAAGCAGGGCUCCGCGCAGCAGUAUCUUGCAGCUAAAGCACUCAAGGACCAAAGCUGGCGCUUUCACAAGCAAUAUCAGACCUGGUUUCAACGACAUGAAGAGCCCAAGAGCAUCACUGAAGAGUACGAGCAAGGAACAUAUAGGUUCUUUGACUACGAAAGCACAUGGAUGAAUCGUCGCAAGGCCGACUUCAAGUUUGCCUACAAAUUUCUCGAAGACGAAGUCUAG